GAUAAGUUCUUCUUACUUUAAAUUGAAAACAUUACCAUGCUAUGAGGUUUUUUUUUUGGUAACUUAAUUUUUGCCAUUAUUGCUCGAAUGUUCUGCGAAAAUCAUCUUAAUAAUUAGCUUGGCAUCCAGCCAAUCUACUGUUGCAGGUAGCAACUGACCAUGCCAUAUACCAUGCAAACAAACAACCCAAUGACUGACACCUUAAGACAUAUUUAUAAGUAAUUUAAAAAAUUAAAUUUAUUAUCUUCGUGCAGGAGUCGCCACACCAUGAAGCACCGUUCAUGUCUGCUCAUUUUCCUUAUUUCUUCUCAAAUAACUAUAAUGUUAGCUACAGAAAGUAGUGCUCUUUAUCGAAAUCCAACAGGCGACUUUUCUGUUGCCGAUUUUAAGCCUAAUCCAUUCCACUACUUAUGGGUGAAGAAAGUAACAUCGUCCAUGGUGGAAGAUCAGUUUGAUUGCACUUUCCUUUGUGCUGCUGAACCAAAGUGUUAUUCGUUCAACAUGGCGGCGCAUCCUGACUCGAAAGGUCUUUAUCUCUGUGAGUUGUUGGCCACUGAUAAGUACAGAGAAACUAAAAAGUUUCAUGCUAAUGCUACCUUCCAUCAUUACAGCCUCUCGUCUCCAUGUAAAAGCGAUCCUUGCAAGAACGGUGCUGACUGUGUCCCUGAAUAUGAGUUGAAUUCGUAUCGCUGUCACUGUAAGCUGGGAUUCUGUGGAACAAACUGUGAACUUGGAGGAAAUAAAACCUGUAGUGAUAUCAAACUCUGCAAUCCUAAGGCUCCAAGUGGUUCCUACGUCAUCGAUCCUGAUGGAGAAGGAGGCGUGACAGCUUUCACUGUUGGCUGUGACAUGACUGACAAGAACAAAGUUGGCGUGACAGUCAUCAGUCACGACAGUGAAAACAGAACGCUAGUAAAUGGCUUCGAAGAGCGAGGUAGUUAUCUGCGUAAUGUCACAUACACAGAGGCGGAUCAACUUCAACUGGAACGUCUGACAGCUUCAUCGGCAUCUUGUGAGCAGUUUAUCAAGUACGAGUGUCACCACACAAUACUCCUUUUUAAUGGGAGCAUGAAUGGCUGGUGGGUGUCACGUGACGGAAGGAAAAUGACGUACUGGGGUGGGGUCGAUUCAGUUCCAUAUAAAUGCGCAUGUGGCUUAAAUAACUCGUGUGCAGACGCUAGCUACGGAUGCAAUUGCGACAAAAAUGAUCGUGUCUGGAGAGAGGACAGUGGUUUACUCACAAACAAGUCCGAGCUUCCGGUAAUGCAGUUAAGGUUUGGAGACACUGGCGAGUCGUUCGAGAAAGGAUAUCACACGCUUGGAAGGUUGAGGUGUUAUGGAGAGAUCUAAGAUCCACGCGGCGGCUUUGUAACUGGUUUCUGUAGUACUCGCGAACAUUGUUUGCUCAGAGUGUACUUGUGACAUUGAAAAUUGAAAAAAUUGUGACAUUGUCAUCGAGCCAUACGCUUAAAGUGGUAAUCCGCCCAGGUUUAGAAGUUUAGAAUUUGCUCCUUGCAUAGAAGUUUAUUCAACGAACAAGCAGUAACAGGGCACAUCCAAUUACUUUAAUUAUUAUACAUUGAACUCGCUAUCUCUUUUCUGGUUGGUCGAAAGCGUAGAGUGAAUUUUCGAAAUCAGCGCCUGUGACGUCAUCUCAGCUAUUAAUUAAACUUCAGCUCACAUCUCAGAUGUAAGUCAAUUUUGCCGAACUCCAAUCUCGGCCACAGGCUAAAAUUGAGAGGAGCUCUCAGUUAUCAAUAAACCACAUCUUGACGUAAUCACGUCAAGUUCGCGCGCUUUGUGUUGCUUGGCGUCAGUGAAGAAGCAAAAACAUGACU